CCGCGCACUCAUCCACUCCGCUGUUGUUCCUCUGAGGACUGGCUGCCGAGCACAUACCUGGAGAAGUUUGCAGGAGACAGACAUGGACAAAGGUGCAAGACCCAACUGGGACAACCCCAUGCAGUUUGUGCUGGCAUGUGUAUCAUAUGCGGUCGGACUUGGAAACGUGUGGCGAUUUCCCUACCUCUGUCAAUUGCACGGUGGAGGGGGGUUCUUGAUACCAUACCUCAUCAUGCUGUUUCUGGAGGGUGUUCCUUUAUUCUACCUGGAGCUCGCCAUUGGUCAGAAGAUGAGUCUGGGCAGUAUUGGGGCAUGGACUGCCAUCAGCCCUUAUCUGGGAGGAGUGGGUCUUGCUAGUGUUGUGACAUCCCUGUAUCUUUGUCUGUAUUACAACAUCAUCAAUGCAUGGAGUUUCUGGUACCUCUUUCAUUCUUUUCAAUCAGUUCUCCCCUGGGCAGACUGCCCCAUCAAUUCCAAUCGGACAGGACCUAUAGAGGAGUGUGAAAGGGCUACACCCACCCAGUACUUCUUCUACAGGGAAACACUGGACAUUUCUUCUUCUAUUGAAGUGAAUGGAGGCAUUCAUACAGGCCAGGCACUGUGCCUUGUGCUUGCCUGGUUGAUUACCUACCUGUUCAUUGUCCGAGGAGUAAAGUCAACUGGAAAGGUGGUGUACUUCACAGCCACAUUUCCAUAUGUGGUCCUCUUCAUCUACCUUAUCCGGGGCUUGACUCUUCAUGGCGCCAUAAAUGGUGUCAAAUACAUGUUCACACCCAAGAUGGAACAACUUGCCAACCCUACAACAUGGAUCAAUGCAGCCACUCAAAUCUUUUUCUCUCUGGGUUUGGGUUUUGGGUCACUCAUUGCUUUUGCCAGCUACAACCAGUACAACAACAACUUUGAGCGCCAGGCCAUCAUUGUUUCCCUUAUCAACAGUGGAACCUCCAUCUUUGCAAGCAUUGUCACCUUUGCCAUCUAUGGGUUCAAGGCCACCGUCAACUACGAGAACUGUCUGGAGAGGACACGCUUGCUGCUGCUGAAUGCCUUUAGUCUAGCUGAAGACAGUAUCACCAUGGACACUGUCUUUGAUUGGAUUGAGAAGCUGAACGCAACAUACCCACAACAGUUUGCUGAAAUCGCUGACAAACUGGAAAACUGUGACCUGGAGAGUGAACUAGACACCGCAGUAGAGGGGACAGGUCUGGCCUUUAUAGUAUAUAGUGAGGCCAUUAUGAAUAUGCCAUUGUCUCAGCUGUGGUCAGUGCUGUACUUCAUCAUGCUCCUGCUGUUGGGAAUGGGCAGCAUGCUGGGCAACGUCACUGCCAUCGUCACCCCACUACGAGACUUCAAGAUCAUGUCCCGCAUGAGCAACGAGUUGUUAAACGGGGAAGUCAGAGGUGACGGAGUAUCCUGUCUUUGGUCAACUCUUCAUCGGGCUGCUGUUGGUGUCAUCAGUCAGCUGUGUUCCCCUCACAGCUCUGUAUGUCUACUGCAGGAAGAGGAAACAUGGAAACCAUCAUAAGAGGCAGCGUACUGUCAGCACAGUAUCUACUUAGUGACCAGAUGAUGACAGAGACUAACCUCCCACCAUUACCAGCUAAACAAAGCCACAGUACAUCAUUUAUUAUCUAUUACAUGGAGGGACAGUGGUACAUAAUUAGUGGGCAUUUGUGUUUUCUCUUCGUUCUCACCCAAUUUCACACUACAGAAGUCAUUUUUUAGUUGUUCUCCCUGCAAGAGGACCUCUUUUACUGAAGUGAACAAGGCCCUUUUGCAGCAGGAAACACAAGACAAAUUGGAGGCAUGGGGUCAUAGAAUCCAGAUGAAAAUCAGGUUAAACCUCCCUACUCCUUUUCAAAAAGAAGUUUGGGUAUUCAAAGUCUGAUGAAUAUAUUAUUGUAAAAAGAUUUCUCAGUAUUAAAAUCACACAACACCUUUCAUUUAUGUUAAAGGUCCAGUGUGUAAGAUAAGGGAAGUCAGACUUAUGAGCCGGAUUCAAAUCAAUAAUAUAUUUAUACUGAAAGAGAUUCAGCACAUUCUAAAUAGAGUACGAUCAGUCUCAGCUAGCAAUUUCUACAGCUUAACUGUGGAACAUGUUAUUAGUGUGUAGAUAGUUUGUUUAAUUGCAAAUUGCAACAUUUACAGGAAAAUAUGGUUGUAAUUCCAUUUUUAGUAAAGCUUUAUUUCACAGUCUGCUAAUUACCUGGCAUUUACUAGGAAACUAGAUGGUAACAAAAUAUAGUAUAUUAGGAAAGUACCAAAAGAACUGGCUAGUAAGUACAAAGUGAUUACCUAGUAAGUACAUGGAAACCUACCAUGAAAGUCAUCAUCAUCAAGCAUACUUUCAGAUUGGCAGUAUAUGGUUUAUAGAGUAUAUAACUAAAAAUAACCAAUGUAUAGUAAGAACAAUUAACCUUGUGGUAUUUCCACAUACAUACUGUGGUAUUCUCUAGUAUGCAAUGUGUACCUACUGGGUAAUAACUAAGUUCUUACUAACCAUUUAUUUGGGUAGUUUCUUAAUCAAGCAAUUUUUACUAUCUAGUUUCCUGGAAGGUUUUCAUGUACUUACUAGGUAAUAACUUAGUGCUUACCAUCCUUUUUAUUAUAGGUAUGUAAGUGUACGUAUGUAUGUAGGUUUGUAUCACCUUGAUUCCUUACCAUCUAGUUUACUGGAAGGUUUCCAUGUAUUUACUUAGUAAUAACUUUCUACUUAAAAGCCAGUUCUUUUGGUACUUUCCUAAUAACUGGAUUUUGUUAUCAUCUACGUCCCUAGUAAUUAGCAGACUCUAAAACAAAGCAUUACCCAGUUUUCAUAUGAUGCUAGUUUACUAAAUGGACAUAAUGAUGGAUGUAUGUAGAUAUGUAGCAAUGGCUCAGUGGGUUAUGAUAUAUAGUAUCUUAUAUACUGCAAAGACAUGACACAAGUCAUGUUGUUUCAUAUUCAGCCUUAAAUAUGCAUUCCUCUUAUCAAUGGGGUGAGCUAAUUCAGGGUCAAGUCAAGUUUGUUUGUACAAAAAUAAACAAAAUCCCCCAGUGGGAUUAAAGUCCAACAAUAGGAUUACAGAAGUCCAGCACUGUUGUGCAGUUUACCGUGUUUCAGGAAUUUUCUAAAAGUGAGUACUUUGGCAUAAAAAAAAGAGCAGUUUACAUCACUAGUACUAAAACAUGACUUGAUUGUAGAGUGCACUGCCUGCAAAAAAUAUCACGACACAAUGCUGACACUGAAUUUAGUUAAAGUCAAUUGUAUUUGUAUCACGUAAAAUCAUAAUAGAAGUUAUCUCAGGAUACUUUUCAUACAGAGCAGGUCUAGACGGUACUCCUUAUAAAAUUAUUUACAGAGACCCAACAAUUCCCACCAUGAGCAAGCGCUUGACUGAUUAAGGUGUAGUUCUUGUAACAGUCUACUCAUCUAACAAUAGCUUGUAUAGAGUUGUCUGGUAAUGUGUACUGUUUGUAAGAUUAUACAAAUGGUCUGUUUUUCCUACAUAUUAAAUAUUUUUUGAUAAGUGCUUUUAUAUCUGUUUUAAAUGGGUUGGAUAUGCUAUCAUACAUUCUCUAUUAGAUAUGCAUGUUAAACAGAGACCACAUAAGGUCCAUUGUAUGAACCAAUAAUAGAUCUACUGUGCCAAAUAUAAUUUGAAUACUGAAAUAUUUGCUUUAUACACCCUCAAAUAUGUCAAAUGUGUACAUACUGUAAAUAUGUGUGCCUUCUAAUGAUC